UAUGAGUUCUCUUUUAAGACAUAAUGAAGGAACAUGUAUAUAUAAUAAUAAUUAAUUAGCUGCUGCUCCUGCUAUAGCAAAUAUACCAGCCCCAUAACCUGAAGAUUAUGAUUGGGUUUUGGUUUCUGGAUUUAUCGUUAUAUUAACUUAAGUUGGGUUUGCAUUUAUUGGUGCAGGAUCAGUCAGAUAUAAAAAUUCACAAUCAGUAGUAAUCAAAGUCUUCUUGGGAUUAUUUUUAACAGUGUUGAUUUGGUGGUUGGUAAUUGAUAAAGUAAUUCCCUUUAGUUUGGUUAUGGUUUUUCUUUCGGUGAUGAUUUCUAAACUAAAUUCAUGGGAGGAACAAAAUUAGCAGGAGCAAAAUGGGAAGCAACAGCUUUUGGUAAUGAUUAUACAAACUUUGGUAAAAUUAAAAAAUAAUUUGAAAUUAGUUUUCCGAGCAUCAGGUGCUGCAGUAGGAACUGCAAUAUUGGCAGGAGCAGCUGCUGAAAGAAUGACAUUUUUGGGUUGGUCAAUCUUCUCUGUUUUAUAUUCUGGUUUUAUUUAUGCAGGAUUAACACAUUGGACAUUGGCAGCAGGAUGGUAAUUAAUAAUCAAAAUUAUUAUAGGUUGAGCACUCUUGGAUUCAAAGAUUUUUCAGGAGCAGGUGUAGUUUUCUUUGCUGCAGGUGUAGCAGGAUUGGUUUUGACAGUUUUAUUGAAACCAAGAAAGGCCAGAUUUGAUAAUGGAGCCACACUUGAUUUUAACAGACAUUCUCCAUUAUAUAUUGGAUUUGGAUCAUUGUUGGUCUUAGCUGGAUGGCUUUUUUAUAAUGGUGGAGUUGUUAGUUAAGGAGCUAAAUCUCAAUAUACUCAAGGUUUGGUGGCUGUUAACACAUUAAUUGCUGGAGCUACAGGUGGAUUCUUCAGUUUUGUUAUUAGACAUUUCUAAUAUGGAACAUCAAAUUUAGCUGCUUUAUCUAGAGGAGUUAUUUGUGGAUUAGUAGCUGUAAGUGCAGCUGCAGAUGAUAUGAAGCCAUGGACAGCAUUCCUUUAUGGUGUUAUUGCUGCAUUAAUCUACAGUUUUUUGGCUAAAGUUAUGCCUGCUGCUCAUAUUGAUGACCCUGCUGAAGUUGUAUCAGUUUAUCUUGUAAUCAUUAAUAUUAAUUUAUAAUAGGGUUCAGGAUUUGUUGGAAUUGUAUUAUCAGCAUUAUUUGAUACCAAAGCAGGAGCAUUUUAUGGAUUUGGUGCUAAAUUAUUAGGCCAUCAAUUAUUAGGAUUAUUAAUAAUAUUUGCUUGGGUGACCUUCUUUACUUUAAUCAUACUAUUAGCUUUUAAAGGAUUUGGUAUUUUGAGAAUUGAUGCUGAAACUGAAAAUGUUGGUAUUGAUAAAGCUUAAUGUAAAUUCAUUAAUAUAUAUUAUAGGUUUGGGUGAAGCCAUUGUAUUUGCUAACCAAGUAGAUGAAAUGCCUCUAAUUUAAUAAACUGAAUUAGGAAAUCUUAGAUCAAGUUAAUUAGGAUCAGGAUUAAGAUCUGCAUUCAAAUGAAU